AUGAAGAGGCUCCGGCUCCAGAUAUGGAGCGGUAGCGUCCUGUCCCCUCGAACCAGACCUUCAUCAUACGAUCUAUCAGCAUCUUUAUAUUCGCUACAACGAUGCAGACAUCAAACCACUGCGUCCCUCUCUUCCUCCGCGGCCUUCAAUGCCAGCGACCUUCCCCCGUCAAUGGCCCCGACCAUCGACCUAACGAAUUUACCUUCGCCUCCGGUCUCUGCUGCCCGAGAGUCCCCUAAAUUGGCCGCACUGCACGCCCGAUUAUCAUUACCACAAAAAUUACCGCUUGAGUCGCUAGCAAGGACACUCGUAGACUCCUCUGCAGACCCUUCGCCGCGCUUCAACAACGCUUCUCUGGCCGUCCUGGGCGGUGACCUCCUCUCAUACUACACUUCCGAAUAUAUUAUUGCGCAAUACCCGCGCUUACCGCUCGCCGUUGUCUUUGCCGCCAUGUACGCAUAUUGUGGUCCUAAAGCGCUCACUGCCAUUACGAGGGAAUGGGGCGUUCAGUAUGCUGCGCAUCCGGGCAGUGAAGUCGACCCCGGAUAUCUACAGUUCACGCGCCUGCCGCCUGAGCCCAAAGACACGGAUUUUAAAUUAGGGCCUGAGACCAUCGGAACAACACGCGAGGGUAGCGGACCAACCGGGCAUUACAGGCGAGGUAUCUCCAUGCGAGCCAUCUACAGCGAUGCGUUCGGCGACAUGCAGAACAGCAGGCAUGCGCCAGAAUCGAUGCACGAGGUGGAAGAGGAAGUUGUGCAGAAAGGCGUCACGGCAGAAAAAGCCAGCACGAACUUCGUGCGCGCUGUAAUGGGCGCGAUUUAUCUACAUGCAGGCAGAGCGGCAGCCAAGCAGUUCUUCCGCGAUCACUUCCGCAGCCGGCAGCUCAAUAUGGCGAGUUUGUUCCAGUUUCGAAACCCGAACAGAGAUCUGUCGAAGCUUUGUCAAAGAGAAGGAUUCCAGAGCCCGGUUGCAAGGAUCUUGGCUGAGACUGGACGGAAGAGCAGACAUCCUGUGUUUAUUGUUGGCGUCUUCAGCGGAAAUGACAAGCUCGGAGAAGGAGCGGGCGCAAGUCUUGACGAGGCCAAAACUCGAGCCUCUGUUGCGGCGCUGAAAGGGUGGUAUCUCUACAGUCCGCUCGAGGUGCGUGUACCAAGUGAUACUGAGGAGUCUGGCGCGAAACCGUGGGAUCCCAUCAUGGUAGACUCCGGGGACGUUGUGGCCUAG